UUUGUUGUUGUUGCUGUUGCGUGUGUCCGAAUUGCCUUUCAAAAGUCAAAUCAAAUAACAAAAUUCGAAAAACCAUGUGUAUAAUUUUCUAAACUCAGUAGCACAAGCACAACCCUUUUUUUUUAUUUUGGACACCGCUAACACCAUGGUUGGCCCGCAGGCGGAGGGCAUGUAAAUAACGAGAAGCCGCCAAACGAGAAAACGCAACAGAAACCCCUUAUAAACAGUAAGGAAAACCUCAGCCGGACAGCAUGCAAUUCCUGCGCAGCUGCCCGGCCCGUGGCUUAAUACUCUCGAACCUCGUUCGCGGCCAGCGCAGCCUGCGAACGAGUUGGCCACGAAGAAGUGGCGAAGGAACUGCUGCAGGAGGAGGUGGGAGCACUACCACCAACACCGGCGCCGGAAUCCGCCUGGUGGCACUCCAAAAGCUGCGCGAAUGGCAUGCGACCGCCUUUAGCAGCCGGUUCCUGCUCUUCACCAACGUGGGCAUCUCGCUGACCCUCAGCUGUGUGGGCGACAUCCUGGAACAACACCUGGAGAUCUAUUGCAAUGAAAUCGAACGCUUCGAGGCCACGCGCACCGCUCACAUGGCCAUCAGCGGUGUGACGGUGGGUGUGAUCUGCCACUAUUGGUAUAAGAUGCUCGAUAAACGUAUGCCCGGUCGCAGCAUGCGCGUGGUUGCCAAGAAGAUCGUGCUCGACCAGCUGAUCUGCUCGCCCAUCUACAUCACGGUGUUUUUCAUCACCCUGGGCCUGCUGGAGCAGAAGGACAAGCACGAGGUGUGGGAGGAGAUCAAGGAAAAGGCCUGGAAGCUGUACGCCGCCGAGUGGACUGUGUGGCCGGUGGCGCAGUUCGUCAACUUUUACUGGAUCCCCACUCAUUACCGCAUCUUCUACGACAACAUCAUCAGCCUGGGCUACGAUGUGCUCACCUCGAAGGUGAAGCACAAGCAGUCGCACUCGCACCUCAAGAAGAUUCCCUAACCCAGGGCCAGACUCUCUUCCUUUACCUGCUACUCCUUUCUUGUAACUAAUUUAUUAUCAAAGCGAAAACCUUGUAAAUACAGACGAACCCGUGUACAGACCAAUAAAUUCUUUCUUAUAACGUUUGA